AUGAAGCACUGCCUCAAGUUCCUCACGGUUUCCACGGCCCUCUUGCUCCCUGCCACAGCUUCACGCACGGUUAUGCGUGACGGUACUGAUGGCAAGGGUAUGGGCAACCCGGCCAAGGUCUGUUAUCCUGAAGUCAAUGGCUCCGGGGUAGUCCCGCCUUGCAUUUCCAUCUCCAAUAUCGAGUCUGCUUGCCAGCCCAAUGGCACUGAGUCCAUCGACUUCAAUGCUCACGCUCAGUGCAUGUGCCAGGGCAGCUACUUUGUGGAUUGGCGUGGUUGCCAGAACUGUCUCUUCGUCCAUGGAUUCCGCAGUGCUCGCGAUCACGUCUACUGGGAAAGAGUUCUUUCUGUUGCUUCUGACUCUCUUUGCCAAGGCACUCCCACGGCGCCCUUUUCGGCCAUUUUCUCUUCUGUCCAGGCCAAUACCCGCGACGCCCCUUUUGUCACCACCGGCGAUACCAUUUCCUUGGAUAAGUUCCCGGGCAAGACGGACGUUAGCCUAUACUAUACAGCUACCGGUCCUCAAGGCCCUGGAGCCAUUACUGGUGGUGCUGCCACGGCCACCCGUGUCUCGCAUCCCUCUGCUACUAACCUGACGGCUUCGAACACCAGUGGCAACAGCAACAAGAAUACACCAUCGCGGACCGGAUCUGGAUCCGUGUCUGAGAACGCAAGCAUUACGAGGCCAUCCUCAUCUACCUCUACCGGCGGUGCCCCAGCACAAGGAACCGGCAUGGCAAUGGCUAUUGCGGGGGCUGCUCUGGUUCUCGCUUUGUAA